AAAGCGGAGCUCCACCCAAAAGGGGAAGUUCUACUUUCAAGAUUGGUCCCCCGCUCCCCAUUAAGGAUUGGCACCUUUGGGGGGCGGGGGAGAGAGCGGUUACCCGAAUUUGACAAGUACCUGUUCCCACUUCUUCUCCGAUCGCCUAGGCUAUCGGAAGUGGAAGGUGUCCUCCCCCCUCCCUCCCGUAGUCUUUUUGGACACGUGACAGGUCCCAGAAGACUACAGGACCAUUCAGGAAGCGCAGCGCUACUCAUGCAUGCGCAGUGGGUGCCCGGCUGUGAAGCUGCAAGCUGUCACAUCCGGGUGCCCACACUGAAGAUGGCGGUGCCCAAUGAGAGAAGAAGGGUUGUAAAACUAACUGCAGAGGACACACCGAGGGACAGGUGAGUGGCUGUUGU